UGAAAGAGAAAGAGAGAGGGAGAGAGAUUUGCAAUAGCUCCAUCGUAUCUCAUAGGUGAUGGGUCGAGACAUCGAGUGGGGCCCCCAAGCUGGGCCCGCGUAUAAAAGGGGGCUUCAAGACAUCCGCGGAGCAUCAGUCCUCAAAUCAAGGAACGGCAAGCAACCAUGAGGGCAUUCGUGAUUGUCCUGACGCUCGCCGCGACGGCGAUGGCGCGGCCGGAAGCCGGAUAUUCCUACCCCAGCCAGCCAAGCGGUAGCUACGGUGCUCCUUCUGGUGGAGGAUUUGGAGGAGGAGGAGGAGGUUUCGGCCUCGCAGCAAGCCUUGGCGGAGGCGUUGGCGAUGGCAGCGGUAUCGGCAUCGGCGGCGGCGGUGGUGGUGGUGGAUUGGGACUUAGCCUCGCUGGUGGCGUCGGAGGUGGCGGCGGCAUCGCAUUCGGCGGAGGCGGCGGCGGCGGUGGUGGAUUCGGUGGCUACGUCGGUGGCGGUGGCUCGCUCAUUCAGAAACACAUCUACGUUCACGUGCCACCCCCGGAGGCACCCGAGGAAAGACCGAUCAGGCCGAUCGGGCCCGCGGCUCCGGCGCAGAAGCACUACAAGAUCAUCUUCAUCAAGGCGCCUACCCCGCCGACCCCGACCGCGCCGGUGAUCCCGGCGCUGCAGCAGGACGAGCAGAAAACGCUCAUCUACGUCCUGGUCAAGAAGCCCGAGGAGGCGCCCGAAAUCAACCUGCCCACCAUCACCCCCACGCAGCCCAGCAAACCGGAGGUCUACUUCAUCAAAUACAAGACGCAGAAGGAAGUUACCGGUGGUGGCGGUGGCAUUGGCAUCGGCGGCGGUCACGGCGGCGGAAUCGGCGGCGGAAUCGGCGGCGGUCACGGCGGCGGAAUCGGCGGCGGAAUCGGCGGUGGUGGAAUCGGCGGCGGAAUCGGCGGUGGCACCGGUAUCGGCGGCACCGGACCGAGCGGACCCAGUACGAGUUACGGGGCACCCGGUGGAUCCGGGCCAUACUAGUCAAUUCACCGCUAUCCCCGACGCGGCCCCUCCGUCCUACCCCCCCGUUCAUCGACACACACGCACACACCGCUCACAUACCUCUAACAUGAUCAGCGACGACGAUACUUGCCGUAUUGACGUAUCGCUGGGCUAUACGCGCGAUCGCCGAGAGAAGAAGACAACGAUGACAAAGUUGAAAACGGCGAUGAUGAUGAUGACGAUGUUGAAUACGACGACGACGACGAUGAUGGCGAUAAUGAAGAGAACCAUGAUAAUAUCGAUCACGACGACGACUACCACGAUAAUGAUGACGAUGAUAAUGAUGACGACGACGACAAUGAUGAUGAUGAUGAUGAUGAUGAUGAUGAUGAUGAUAAUGAUGAUGACGACGACUAGAGCGAAGGAGAGAUGUUUUUUUAUACUUUUAUUUUUUGCAAGAAAACGGUGGCGAAAUAAAGCUUUUUUAUGUAUUUUUACAUAAA